AUGGCGGACGUCCGGUCCAAGAACCUCUACGAGCUUCUUGGCAAUGACCCUGAAUUGGACCCCAACAGAGAGCCUGAGCCUCCCACGAGGGCUGUAGACAGACCCGCUCAGCGUGUUGGCAAGCGCGAUGCUCCCAAGGAGGCCCCCAGCAGCCAGCCCCGUGCCGAGAACAACGCUCGCCGUGGUAACCGUGCCACUGGCAACGAGGCCGCUUUCCGCGACCGCAACGCCGGCCGCAACAACAACCGCGAGAAGGCCGUUGAGGACCCCAAGGAGGGCCAACGGCACGGAUUCCGCGCUCGUGGUGAGCGUGGUGAGCGUGUCCGCCACGACCGCCAGUCCCGCACCGGCCAGACCGACACCCGCAAGCAGGUGAACCAGGGCUGGGGUAACCAGAGCGGCGACAAGACCUGGGACGAUGAGAAGGCCGGAGAGGACAUCGCCCACAAGGACGAGAACGAGCCCCAGACUCCCGCCGCCGAGGAGGAGCCCGCUGACAAGUCCAAGUCCUUCGCCGACUACCUGGCCGAGAAGGCUGCCCAGGAGGACCUGAGCGCCAAGCCCGUCCGUGCCGCCAACGAGGGCACCAAGCUCGACAAGAAGUGGGCCGCCGCUAAGGAGCUCAAGCCCCGCGAGGAGGAGGAGGCCUACAUCAAGGGCAAGGAGGACAAGUCCAAGCGCGAGAAGCAGCGCAAGGAGAAGAACUUCCUCGAGGUUGACAUGCGCUUCGUCGAGGCCCCCCGCGGUGGUGCCAACGGCCCCCGUGGCCGUGGUACUCGCGGUGGCCGCGGCGGCCGUGGUGGCCGUGGUGGUAACAACACCAACGCCCCCCGCCCCAGCGCUGCUGCUACCACCGGCGCUUCCGUCACCGUCGACGAGAAGAACUUCCCCAGCCUCGGUGGCAAAUAA